AUGUUGGGCAAUGAACGAUUCAAAGCUAAAUCAUCCAAACCAGUAAAACUCAAUAUUGAGCUACCGUCUUACUUCGCACCAUUCACAGAUGAGGUUAUUCAGACCCGCAAAAAAAUUAAGCCACGUGACUUUUGCACCAAUGCCUUCGUCAAAGCAGACAAGGGCAACUUGGACCAUCUUUCGAAUUGUGAAAACUUGUCUGCUAGAAUUCGGAGUGCCAUAAUGAACAUCGCUGUAGAAGCCUUCAAACACCCGAAAAUUUAUUUCAAUCGCACGGAAGUGAGUAUCCUUUUACAUAUGUUUGUCCAGCUUACUGGCCUCGAAGUCAGGGAUAUGACUGCAGAAGAAAUGAAGGCUUUUCUCUACAGUACUUUAGAGAUGACCAAUCCAUUCGCACUAGAUGGGCUCUGCAGAGCCGCUAUGCUCCAGUCGCCUCACGUUGUUGGCCAGAGAAAGAAUAUCAGUCCGAUGGAUUUUCUUCUUACUCUCUCUAUUUUGUUGCGUGGAACUCUAGAAGACCGUUGCGAACUGGCAUUUCAUGUAAUGGAUAUCGACUCCGAUGGCUUACUUCGCAAGACAGUCGAGUUUCGCCGGCUUCUUUAUGAUACAUUUGAUGUGAAUGUCGCCGCUCAGAAUCCGGAAAUCGAUCCUGAUGAACCAGUUCGAGAUACAGUCAAUUAUCUGUGUGACAAACUUCAGUGCACAAUUAACCAUCCGAUAACGCUAAACAAAUUCAAAGAACUGACUCGACAAGAACCCUGGGUAAUUGAGUGCUUGUUGCCCUGUUUACCCUCAGAACACACCAACAUCAUUUUCCAGAGCCUUUUUACCACGAGUGUUCGGUUACCCUCGCUUGAGAAUCCCCCAAAAACCAGACAGGUGAAACGUAAUGGGGCCCCCACCACACCCAGAACUGCCUGA